AAACCGAACUCUAAAAGACCGAAGAGAGGUCCUUUUCGGAGCUGAGGCUCGGUUCUCGGGCUCCAGGCCUCCGGUCCGCCCGGCCGACAGCGCGGCUGCUCUAGACCCUUUCCAGUUAGGCCCAGGGAGCGUGAGUCGCCAUGGCGACGCCGGCGGGGCUGGAGCGCUGGGUGCAGGACGAGCUACACUCAGUGCUGGGGCUAAGCGAGCGGCACGUGGCUCAGUUCCUGAUCGGUACUGCGCAGCGUUGCGGCUCGGCGGAGGAGUUUGUGCAGCGCUUGCGAGACACCGAUACCCUCGACCUUAGCGGGCCGGCCCGGGACUUCGCGCUGAGACUAUGGAACAAGGUACCACGGAAGACGAUGGUAGAAAAGCCAGCUCGGGCAGCUGAGCGAGAGGCUCGGGCCCUGCUAGAGAAGAACCAAUCUUAUAAGUUGCUGGAAGACAGUGAGGAGAGCAGUGAGGACACUGUGGGUAGGUCUGGGAGCAGUCUCCAGAAGAAGCGUAAAAAACGUAAACACCUCAGGAAGAAACACCAGGAGGAAGAAGAGGAGGAAGAGGAAGAGGUUUCUGAGAAAGGGAAGAAGACAAGUCCUCUGGGUUGCAGGGGAGGCAAACAGCAGACAGAGAAGCCUGAGUCCGAGGAUGAAUGGGAGCGGACUGAGCGAGAACGCCUUCAGGAUCUGGAGGAACGUGAUGCCUUCGCUGAGCGGGUUCGGCAGCGGGAUAAGGAUCGGACUCGCAAUGUCCUGGAGCGGUCAGACAAGAAGGCUUAUGAAGAGGCUCAGAAGCGCCUCAAGAUGGCUGAGGAAGACCGGAAAGCCAUGGUCCCUGAGCUGCGGAAGAAAUCUCGCCGAGAGUACCUAGCUAAGCGGGAGCGAGAGAAGCUUGAGGACCUGGAGGCUGAACUGGCGGAUGAGGAGUUCCUUUUUGGAGAUGUGGAGUUGAGCCAACAUGAGCGGCAGGAGCUCAAAUACAAGCAGCGAGUGCGGGAUCUGGCCCGGGAGUACCGAGCAGCUGGGGAGCAGGAGAAGCUGGAGGCCACUAAUCGCUAUCACAUGCCAGAGGAGACCCGGGGACAGCCAGCACGAACUGUGGAUCUGGUAGAAGAGGAAUCUGGUGCUCCCGGGGAGGAGCAGCGGCGCUGGGAAGAGGCCCGGCUAGGGGCUGCCUCCCUGAAGUUUGGGGCCCGAGAUGCUGCCUCCCAGGAACCCAAGUAUCAGCUGAUACUAGAGGAAGAGGAGACCAUCGAGUUUGUCCAGGCCACUCAGCUCCAGGGUGAUGAGGAGCCAUCAGCUCCACCCCUUUCAACCCAGGCCCAGCAGAAGGAGUCCAUCCAGGCCAUCCGCCAGAGCCUUCCCGUGUUCCCAUUCCGUGAGGAGCUCCUGGCUGCUAUUGCUAAUCAUCAAGUCCUCAUCAUCGAGGGGGAGACGGGCUCGGGAAAGACCACCCAAAUCCCGCAGUAUCUCUUUGAGGAGGGUUAUACUAAGAACAGUAAGAAGAUUGCCUGCACUCAGCCCAGGAGAGUGGCAGCCAUGAGUGUGGCCGCUCGAGUGGCCCGGGAGAUGGGUGUAAAGCUUGGGAAUGAGGUUGGCUACAGCAUCCGCUUUGAGGACUGCACAUCAGAGCGAACAGUCCUUCGGUACAUGACAGAUGGGAUGCUUCUCCGGGAGUUCCUCUCUGAGCCUGACCUUGCAAGUUACAGUGUGGUGAUGGUGGAUGAGGCUCAUGAACGGACCCUGCACACAGACAUUCUCUUUGGAUUGAUCAAAGAUGUUGCUCGUUUCCGACCUGAGCUCAAGGUUCUGGUGGCUUCAGCCACACUGGACACUGCCCGUUUUUCCACCUUCUUUGAUGAUGCCCCAGUCUUCCGAAUCCCUGGACGCAGGUUUCCAGUUGACAUCUUCUAUACCAAGGCUCCGGAGGCUGACUACCUGGAAGCCUGUGUAGUGUCUGUGCUACAGAUUCACGUGACCCAGCCCCCUGGGGAUGUCCUAGUGUUCCUGACUGGGCAGGAGGAGAUUGAGGCUGCCUGCGAGAUGCUUCAGGAUCGUUGCCGCCGCCUGGGCUCCAAAAUUAGGGAGCUGCUGGUGCUGCCCAUUUAUGCCAACCUGCCUUCUGACAUGCAGGCUCGCAUCUUCCAGCCCACGCCGCUGGGGGCACGGAAGGUUGUUGUGGCAACAAACAUUGCUGAGACUUCACUCACCAUCGAGGGCAUCAUUUACGUGCUGGAUCCAGGGUUCUGUAAGCAGAAGAGCUACAAUCCCCGCACAGGCAUGGAAUCACUCACAGUCACACCCUGCAGCAAGGCCUCAGCCAAUCAGCGAGCUGGUCGGGCAGGCCGGGUGGCUGCAGGGAAGUGUUUCCGCCUGUAUACCGCGUGGGCCUAUCAGCAUGAGCUGGAGGAGACCACGGUACCGGAGAUCCAAAGGACCAGUCUAGGCAAUGUUGUUUUGCUGCUCAAGAGCUUAGGGAUCCAUGACCUCAUGCACUUUGAUUUCCUGGACCCUCCACCGUAUGAGACCCUGCUGCUGGCUUUGGAGCAGCUGUAUGCUCUGGGAGCCCUCAACCACCUUGGGGAGCUCACCACGUCUGGUCGAAAGAUGGCAGAGCUGCCAGUGGACCCCAUGCUGUCUAAAAUGAUCCUGGCCUCUGAGAAGUACAGCUGUUCAGAGGAGAUCCUGACAGUGGCUGCCAUGCUGUCUGUCAACAACUCCAUCUUCUACCGACCCAAGGACAAAGUCGUCCAUGCUGAUAAUGCCCGUGUCAACUUCUUCCUCCCUGGUGGGGACCACUUGGUUCUGCUAAAUGUUUAUACACAGUGGGCUGAGAGCGGUUACUCUUCCCAGUGGUGCUAUGAGAACUUUGUCCAAUUCAGAUCUAUGCGCCGAGCCCGGGAUGUGCGGGAACAGCUGGAGGGACUCUUAGAGCGUGUAGAAGUUGGUCUCAGUUCCUGCCAGGGGGACUAUAUCCGUGUACGCAAGGCCAUCACUGCCGGUUACUUUUACCACACAGCACGGUUGACUCGCAGCGGCUACCGCACAGUGAAGCAGCAGCAGACAGUCUUCAUUCACCCCAACUCCUCCCUCUUUGAGGAACAGCCUCGCUGGCUGCUUUACCAUGAACUUGUCUUGACCACCAAGGAGUUCAUGAGACAGGUAUUGGAGAUUGAGAGCAGUUGGCUUCUGGAGGUGGCACCCCACUAUUAUAAGGCCAAGGAGCUAGAAGAUCCCCAUGCUAAGAAAAUGCCUAAGAAAACAGGCAAGACACGUGAAGAACUAGGGUAAAGAAAAGGGGACAUAAUCAGAACCCAACACCAGCUCCUUUUCCUUCUACACAUUUAAUACCUAGCAAUAAAAAUAGUUUUGGAAUAUAAA